UCGAGUCUAAAGCGAAGUUAGGAUGGCAGACACGAAGGUAGAGCUCGCAGGUGACAGCCCUCUUGUUCAAAACAGUGGCAAUGUCACUGCCCAGCCCAAUAACCCUUUGUCAAGGAAGCUUAAUAAAAUUUUGGAAACCAGAUUGGACAAUGACAAGGAGAUGCUGGAAGCUCUGAAAGCUCUGUCGGUGUUCUUCACUGAAAACAGUUUACGGACACGAAGAAACCUUCGAGGAGACAUCGAGCGACGCAGUCUGUCAAUAAAUGAAGAAUUUGUGCGCAUAUUUAAAGAUGUUAAAGAGGAGCUGGAAAGUGUGCAUGAAGAUGUUCAGGCUAUGAGUACAUGCUGUGAAGAGAUGACCAACAGAUUGAAGGCUGCAAAGGAUCAAACUCAGGACCUGAUCGUGAAAACCAACAAGCUCCAGGGCGAAAAUCAUCGUCUGGAGGUGCGGGCCCAGGUGGCUCAGGCGUUCCUGGGCAAGUUCCAGUUGUCCAGCGAGGAGAUGGCCACACUCCGCACAGCCAGAGACGGACCGGUCACCGAGGACUUUUUCAAGGCGUUGAAUCGGGUGAAGCAAAUCCAUGAAGAUGUCAAGGUUCUACUGAGGACCAACCAGCAGACAGCAGGGCUGGAGAUCAUGGAGCAGAUGGCUGUGUUGCAGGAGGCAUCCUACGAGCAGCUCUACCGCUGGGCCCAGAACGAGUGCAGAGGCUUGACCCAGGAGUCGUGUGACAUCACCCCUGUGCUGAGUCAGGCCAUGGAGGCGCUACAGGACCGGCCCGUCCUUUACAAGUACACGCUGGAUGAGUUUGGGACGGCGAGGAGAAGUGCCGUGGUGCGAGGCUUCAUCGAUGCUUUGACUCGAGGUGGAUCCGGAGGCACGCCGCGUCCCAUUGAGAUGCACUCCCAUGAUCCCAUGAGGUAUGUAGGGGACAUGUUGGCCUGGCUCCACCAAGCCACAGCCUCAGAGAAGGAGCACUUGGAGGCCUUGCUGAAGCAGGUCACCAUCCAAGGAGUGGAUGAGAACAUGCAGGAGGUGGUUGGCCAUAUCACUGAGGGUGUCUGCAGGCCGCUCAAGAUGCGUAUCGAACAGGUGAUAGUUGCUGAGCCUGGUGCCGUGCUGCUCUACAAGCUCUCUAACCUGCUGCAGUUCUACCAUCACACCAUCAGUGUGAUCGUGGGCACCAGUGUGGCUGCCCUCCUCAUGACCAUGGAGGAGAUGCACGUCCUCAGCAAGAAGAUGUUCUUCAACAGCCUCAGCCUCCACGCCAGCAGACUCAUGGACAAGGUGGAGCUGCCUCCCCCAGACCUUGGCCCCACCGCCUCGCUGACCCAGACGCUGGCGCUGCUGCGGGAGGUGCUGGCCACCCACGACUCCUCCGUGGUCCCGCUGGACGCCCGCCAGGCCGACUUCGCCCAGGUGCUGUCCUGCAUCCUGGACCCCCUGCUGCAGCUGUGCACGGUGUCCGCCAGCAACCUGGGCACGGCCGACAUGGCCACCUACAUGGUCAACUGCCUGUACAUGAUGAAGACCACGCUGGCCGUGUUCGAGUUCACCGACAAACGCCUGGAGAUGCUGGAGUUUCAGAUUGAGGCUCACCUGGACACUCUGAUAAACGAGCAGGCGUCGUUCGUGCUGACCAGAGCCGGCUUGAGCUACAUCUACAGCACCCUGCAGCAGCACAGCCCUGAGCAGGGUCCUCUGGCAGACCUCCCCAGUAUGGACAGUGCCUCGGUCAAAGGCGCCAUGGUGCAGUUUGACCGCUACCUAUCUUCUCCAGACACCUUGGUGAUGCCGCAGCUCAACUUCCUCCUCAGUGCGGCCAUCAAGGAGCAGAUCUUCCGGCAGUCGACUGAGCUGGUGUGCCGAGCGUACGGGGAGGUGCACUCGGCCAUGACCCAGCCGGCCAACGGCUACAAGGAGCCCGAGAGCCUCCUGCUCCGCUCGCCCCAGCAGGUGCUGGCGCUGCUGUCCUGAGGGGUCCCCCGAGCAGGCCGCCAGGGGCCCCCCCAAAACCACGGACCCAGCGGCGCUGCCGUGGAGGCCCACAUGGAAGAAGGCCUGUGUGCAGACCCAGGUGUUGGAGGACUCUUGAGACCACGCUGAGAGAGAGAGAGAGAGAGAGAGAGAGAGAGAGAGAGAGAGAGAGAGAGAGAGAGAGAGUCAGUGAGAGAGAGAGAGAGAGAGAGAAAAACAAAAAACUAAAACGCAUGUGGUUGAGGACCACACUGUUUUACUGAUUUAACAGACUGACUGCACUGGUGUCGGGAGAAGUAUGUUUUUCUUUUAUAUUUUUUAUUUAAGGGGAUAAAGGACUAUAACAUUCUGUUUGUCUGUGAAGCCAAAGGAGUGACUACAAGAGGGUGGUAAUAUAUGUGUGUGUUUGCAAUGAUGCAUUUGUGUGUGUUGUUGUGUGUGUGUGUGUGUGUGUGUGCGUGUGUGGGUAUGUGAGAAAGGAAUAAAGUGUGAAUUUUUUCAA